AUGUGGAACACGGUGGCUCUGCUGCAGCUCCUGGAUGCAGGCUGCCUGCACUGUGUGGACCUGCGCUUCAACAACCUGAGCCUGCGUGGCCUGUCUGUUAUCCCACACGUGGCCCACUUCCAGUGUUUGGCCAGCCUUCGGCUGCACUAUGUACACGGGGACUCAAGGCAGCCCUCCGUGGAUGGUGAGGACAACUUCCGAUACUUCCUGGCCCAGAUGGGCCGCUUCACCUGUCUGCGGGAGCUCAGCAUGGGCUCCUCUCUCCUCUCAGGCGACCAGCUACUCAGCACUCUGUAG